AUGGCUUCGAAUCGACGAGGUGAUCCAGGGCACCGCUCACCCCCACCGUCACCUUCUCCACCACAGUCACUGGCCGCCAGCGAACAUUCUGGUCGUUCGAACAAGCCGGUAUGUCAAGUCUGCGGGCGUCAAUCUUGCCAAUUGACGACCCAUCGAGAUUAUGCGAGGCGCGCCGCUGUACCGCCUACACGACCCAGUUCUCUGUCAAAACCAUCGCCAAAGGAGCAAGAACCCAAUUUUCCCAUUGAGAUGAAGGCAAACAUGCGCCAGCUUUACCAUCAUUUCUUCACUGUAGAGAUUCCGCGUAGGGAAGUGAUACCGCACCCCACUGGCGUAUCAAGAAACCGCGCCAUGUCCCAAAUAUACUCGUCGUUGGCUGAGAAAUGCCCCUCACUAUGUUACAGCAUUGUUGCCUUCGCAGCAUCCCGCAUCGCUAGUAGUCAAGGUGCGGUAGACGAUCGGGCACUAAAGCACUAUUCGCAGGGCGUGAGAAGUCUUGCGGACGCUGUUAACGGGCCUGCCGCUGAAAGCGUCACACUGGCAGCACUAACAUUACUUCAACAUGACCUCAUAUUCUUCCAUGCUCGGGCCAUAGACACCCAUAUCGAAGGGAUAUAUACCAUGAUCAACAAACAAGGAGGGUUGGCUUACCUCGAUGGAACGAUUGGUCAGAUUGCGCUCACUUGUGAUUACCAGGCCUCCAUGCUACUUGAUCGCGUCCCCAACUAUCGGCAUCCAUCUCUGCCGGAUGCAAGGCCUCUUAAUGCGCCUGAUGUUACGAAUGGGCAGUCCUUUCCGACUUGCAGUAUAUGGCCCCUGGUUGAUCCUCGACUGCGGGAAGUUAUCCAAGAUGUUUGUCUUUUGAUUGAAUUGCUUGAGCGCUCACGUCAUUAUCCCACUACAAUGGGUGAUUACCAAUUCUUUGGCUACAAAAGAAAUGUCAUCGAAAACGGGCUGGGUUUUAUGUACGCAGAAUUCAACGGCUCGGCAACGAUCAAUGAAUGCCUGUGCUUGGCCGUCAUUCUCUUGCAGAGCAUGACCAUUGGCGGCAUUGACACGAUCCAUGGGGUCUUCGAUCAUCUCAUACCGAAAUUAAAGGUUGCCGUGGGCGACAUACACCUGAAAAUGGGCAAUCUGUGGGCCACGGAGACGCAGAUGGCCAUCUGGAUAAUGUUCAUUGGGACUGCGAUCCCUGACGUUUACAAAAGGUUCCGGAUCGAAUUCUUGGACAAGGUUAGUAGGAUGCUGGAAGCCACCUAUGGGAAGGAGCUUCCCAACUCUAAAGCCCGAGUCCGCGCCGGCCUGUCCAAGUACAUUUGGUGUGAUUUAAUGCUCAGCAAAAGAUUCAACAAGGCCUGGAAAGAGCUUAUGAGCUUUUCUCCUCAACAAGGCGCAGACACUGCUGACUCUGACAGUGGGAACGACGAUGGCAGCAGUCAGGCUACCGCAGGGGAGGCUGGUAGCAUCGUUGCCGGCUCUGCAAUGCCCAGCGGUGCAAACCUCCCUCGAGAUGAACCGCAAGCUGGUGGCAAGGGCAAAGGACGAGAGCGGCGGCCAACCUGA